GGUAUUUAGUGGAGCACCUGAUACAAAGAGGUGCAAUAGACAAAACAAUAGACAGAAAAGGUAUGUCUAUAUUGCACAGAUUUGUCAAUGAUAUUAAAAGUGACCGACAGUUUCACAGAGUAGAUCCCUACACAAAAACUCUUUCCGAUGUACGUGAUGCCAUUAUCUCUUCUGGUGUCGAUGUAAACAUUACAGACCACCAGGGUAACACAGCUUUACACAUUGCAGCAAUGCGCAGACAGUUUUACAUAGUGAGGGAUCUCAUAGACAUCGUUGACAACCUCAACACCAGAGACAGUGAAGGGUUCACUGUAUUACUGAGACUGUCACAAAUAGCUAGACCACGAUGGCUCCAAGUUUGUCAGCAUCUUGUUGAGAAAGGUGCGGAUAUCAAUAUUUGCACCAAAGAUGGGGAAUCAGCUCUUGAACUUGCAGUCAAGAACACAACUGGCCUCUGUCAGGAGCACAUCAGAAUCCGACAUUUACAAAACGAAACUCAUAUCUUCACGAGCUUGCUAAAAACUCCUCCGCUGAAGGUGAGGCGGCGAAUAUUACGCCUACUUCUAAUUAACCGUGGUAUGGACAUUAACCUGCUAAACGGUGUUGGGGAUACACCUGUCCAUGUCGCAGCUGAUGAAGGCAACUUGACCAUUGUAAAAAUUUUUGUGGAACACGGCGCUGACACAAACAUACCUGAUAGGAAGGGGUGUUUUUUACUUUAUAAAGUUAUUAAUAAACUCGUUAAUGAGGAUUGGGGGAUGCUGUCCACCUGUGAAAUAACAGAACUCUUAAGGACUUUAGUAAAUCACGGAGCAGACGUCAACUGCCGAGGACCAGACAACAAGACUGCCUUACAAGCAGCGGCUGGCAAAGACAACUGGGAAACGGUCGGGACACUCAUUCAGUUAGGAGGUGUCUGUGAACUCACUCCGGAUGAAAAGCUGUCGGCAUUAACACUUCUUCAUCUCUGUAUUUCGAAAGAUGUCGACGACGAAAAGAUUAAGGUGUUUAUCAAGUACAUCACAAAUGAUGGUUCGAACAUAAACAAUUCUUUCCAAGAAAAAAACAGAUGUGGGGAUCAAAAAACUUUUUUGCAGAACUGUAUAGAGAAAUCCAACUGGAGGAUGGCAAAGGCAUUGGUAGAAUGCGGGGCACACCUCAGUCAGAAGGACACAAACGAGCCAAUACUACAAAUUAUGGUUUCCAGAUAUUCAGAGAGGGAUCACUCAUCAUGGGUCUCCUUUCUUGACUAUUUAAUUUCAAGAGGGCUCGACAUUAAAAGCAAGCUUCGAGAAGGGUCUGGAAUACUUUUCCACGACAAGAUUGUCUCAAGCUUAACUUGUAAAGAGAAGGUUACCGAAUGCUUGUUUGAUACAUUACUGGAAAGAGGAGCCGAUCCUCUGGUCGUCGACUCCAAGGGACAAACAUUACUCAGGAAAGUUUUAGACUUCGGCGAAAAGCCUGCUCUGAAUGCUCUGAAAAAACUUCUUCCAAUUGGAGUGACGACCCAUCAACCAAAAUUUACAGAGACGAUCGUACAGUCCCAUGGAGGUUCAUCUAAACAAACUGUUUCGCCAAUGGAAAAGGUGAUAGAGGAUCGGAACAUUUCCGCUCUCAAGAUGUUAAUCAAAUCAGGGGCAAGCUCAAAUGCUGAGUUAUUUCGCUUGAAUACAGAAUACCAAGUGAAGAUGGGUAGAUGGGCGAACAAAGAGCUUCUUGAAGUUUUGAACAUGGCCACAAGGCAACCUCAGUCACUAAAAUCACUGUGUCGUCUGACUGUUUCUCACUGGGUUGGUUGUGGGCCUGGCAGGAGGGACAGACUCAAUCGUUUGUCUAUUCCCCCUGCACUAAGACAACUCGUCUCGUUUAAUGAUUUACUUUCCGAAGAUUUUCUUUCACAAUAGGGUAAAGAUGGCUCGUCAAACUAUCAGAACAAACUCACAGACAGUAAUUAUUGUUGGUAGUAUCAUUCUGGUAGCGAUAUCGACGAUCAAGUUUCACUGUUUCAAUGCUCCUGACAUUUUCUCAGAUUGUUCUCAUCAAGGUCUACCAUUGGCUGUUGUCACUGAUAACUCGCAGCAGCCAGAAGUGAACUCAAGAUGUGUUCAUGAUGAGUCGUGCAAACGUGUGGAGGUGACUGUGUCUUUAAAAUGUCUGUUAUGGUGUAUCAAAUGUAUAAUUAUAUUUGGCAUUAAUGAAAGGUUACAUUCUCUUAAUUGAAUAUAAUUAUGCUUUUCCUGAUUUAUGCACAUAUAAUUUUCUAAUUGCUUACAAGCUGUGUUCAUAAAAGAAUGUACAUGUUGAUCUUAUAUCUCAGAGAAGAUUUACUGUUUCACAGAUUGCAAUGUACAAACCUACUCAACAAAUUUCAGAGAUAUAACAGUGACCGCUGAAAU